GGAAGCAACGUUGGGUUGGGUCGUGCCCAUUUCCUUUUCAAACCAUGCGUAAUAUUUGAGUGAUUUGACUGUUCGACGAAUCGACGAAGUUCGUAGCGUUUUAUAUCAUUCGAAAGGGAUGUGGAUAUUUUAGUUGAUAUUGCAUUGCCCUCAGCUUUUUUCUGAAUCAGCAGCUAAAAACAAGUAUUGGAAAGAAAGUGUUCUUGGUGAUAUUAAUAAUAUCGAAGUUUAAAUCGUAAAAAAAUCGAUUGGUUCGAUUUGAAGGGACUGCUCUUGAUAUUUGUAGGCGCCGAGGUAGGCGCUGUUUCAAGCGAGUGCCAUCCGUCUGUAACCGUUUGUAAAACAUGGCUUUUAUUUGCUCAAGAAUAUCUCGUUACGAAGUCUUAUUUAUCACUGUUUUCAUGUUAUUUACUAACGUUCUUUGCUAUACUCCAUUUGGGGUUCGUGAAAUUGGUUCAUCCUACAAUUUUACAUGCCCUCUCACGAACCAGAAUGGCACAUAUAAAUUUUCUAAACUUAGUUUUACUACUGGCAAGAAACUUUUAAAACCUGGCGGAAAUAUACAACAAUAUGGAAAUAUAUUGGAAAUUACAAAUUUGGGAUGGGAUGAUGCUGGACAAUAUUUUUGUUCAAUAUUUGAUUCAAAUGGCAAAUUGUUGGAGGACCGUGCUAUUACUAUACUCACAAUUGUACCAGUAAAGAAAUAUUACUUCAAAAUACUACCUGAUGUACAGACAAGUAUAAUUGAUGACGGCAUGAGAUUUAAACUUCGUUGUGAAUAUGAGAAGCCAUCAACGGAACUAAAAUGGGAAAGACGACGUUUCAUAAAUGGAACAAGCAAGACAGAUUAUCUUCCAAGAAGUGUUAUAACUCUUGUAAAAGAUGCUAAACAAAGUGUUGAAGAGUAUAUCAUUAAUAAGGUCACUGCAGACGAUAUAGGUUCUUACAGAUGUGGAGUGAGGGAAAAUGGCAAUAUGCGUUACACAAAUGUGAGGGUUUUGCAGGUUAAAGGGAAGAAACCACCUGUUUUUCACGAAACGAAACCUGUUUUCGUCAGCAAGGAGGAAAAUGAUAUAUCAAUCCAAUUUUCUGUGCAGGGAGCACCAUCACCUGAUAUCAGUUGUUAUCUUAAUACACGUCUUGCUAUAUUCUGCUCUGGGAAGACAAUUGAAGAUACUGAUAUUCAUGUGGAAAAUGGAACAUACAGGCCAGCAAUAGCAUGCUCAAAGGAUAAUUACGAUAUGACAGGAUAUCACAAGUUAAUAAUAAGAUCUGCAUUGUUUCCCCAAAACGACGGAUUGUACAAGUGUGUUGCAACGAAUGAUGUUGGUAAUGCCAGCAUACAAUUUCGAGUAAAUGUUACAACCGCUCCUAAGAUUGAUAAUCCAAUUGGCAAGAUUUACCAAAAACGAGAAAAUGAGGAAGGAUCUAUCACAUGUAUAAUAAAGAAGUCUAAACCAAGACCUGCUGUCACGUGGUAUCAGCAAGACUAUCCAGAUAUAGAGGAAAACCCCAAGGCAGAUCAAUGGACUAUCUCUCAAAAUCAACCAGAGUUGGUUCAGAGUUUACAACAGAGAGGAAUGUAUAAAAGUACUCUUCGAAUAUCAAAGGAUGAAGGACAAUCAUUUUAUCGAUGUUUUGCCAAAAAUGCUUAUGGAAACGACAGUAGAAUAUUCAAGUUUAUACGAUAUGGAAUAGGCCAGGAACCAUUUGUUGUAGUUCCCAAAUCCAAAGUUUUGAAUGAGGGAGAGGUAUUCAUUGCAAUGUGUCGCGUUACAAAAUUGAUUAAAGGAGAUAUCCUGUUCUACAAGGUUGAUACUCAGACUGUAAUGAUGAAUGAUAAUCGAACAAAUAUCACAAUCACGCAAGGCAGCAAUUUUCGUAAUAUGACGAUGGUGAUACGUAAUCUCACUGUGAACGAUAGUGGGACUUAUCAAUGUGUGCAGAAAGACUUUGCAACCAACGACGUUACAGUAACCUUGACUGUGAAAGCACUGCGUCCUCCAGUUAUAUUGCAGUUUGAAAACCAAACAGUUUUAGAAAAUAAGGAAGAAGACAGUGAGGUGGUUUUGUUUUGUGAUGUGAAAGGCAAUCCUUUCCCUAAAAUAACAUGGAUAAGGAAUGGUAAAAAGACCGUUGUAAAUCCAUUGGUAAUACAAAGUUGCUCAACUCAAGUACCUGGUUUUUAUUACAAGAAUAAGGAAAAAACAAAAUUAGCGAUUUGCAAACCUCGUAUGCGACACACGGGGGUCUAUACCUGCUCUAUUAUGAGUCAUUUAGGAAACGACAGUAGGGAUGUCUACGUUGAUGUUACUGCUAAGCCAAAAAUUGUAAAACCCGAGACGCCAGUGAGAAAACGAUUAUUCGCUGGUAAAGCUUUCCAACGUGUCUGCGAAGCGGAAGGAAAUCCAGUUCCCAUGGUACAAUGGAUAUUGCGAAACAAGAAUAGAGUAAUGACGAAUAUAUCCGAAGGGGUUUCAAUAUUGAAAGUAAAUGAAAUGGAUGAAUCUUACAUUGGAAACUACACAUGUAAAGCAUUUAAUUCGUAUGGAAUGGUUGAAAAAUUCCUCGUGGAACUGGAACUAAGGCCACCUGAAAUCAUACCUACACCUGCACUGGCUGAAGGUGAGAUGACAACAGGGACUAUUAUUGGAAUUGUCAUCGGAAUUGUAUUUCUUGUUUUUCUUCUUUUUGUUUUUGCGAUAUUGUGGUAUCGGAGACAACAAAAAAAAUUGCUCUUUUACAAACAUCAAUAUUUUCUGCGAACUGGAGAGUACGCGGUCGACCCGAGCAUCACAUUGAACGAGCAAAGCAUGAAUUUACCGUACGACCCAGACUGGGAAUUUCCGUAUGAACGACUUGUGUUUGGUGAACGACUUGGUGCUGGGGCAUUUGGCGAGGUUUAUAAGGCAGAAGCAAUGGGAAUUCUGGCUUUAAAUCCUCGUGAUAAGAGUGGUGUCGCUAGUAAGAGAAGAUCUAAGAUCAGACGCACUUUAAGAGCAAGCCAAAGACCAAAAAAGAAAACCAUUCCUCCUAAUCUAACCAACGCUAUUGUUGCUGUAAAAACCGUAAAAGCCCAAGCAACAGAAAGUGAAAUUCGGGAUUUAGCAGCGGAAUUAAAAUUGAUGAUCCAUAUUGGUGAACACAAGAAUAUUGUGAAUUUGCUUGGUGCGUGUACCACUGGACGAAAGUUGUAUGUGAUCCUGGAGUUCUGUCCCUAUGGAAACCUGCUGACGUUUCUUCGAUCCAAACGCGAUAUUUACAACAGUACCUGGAUUAAGGAAACAUAUGAUCCUGAGAAAGAGUUCACAUUGAUUGAUAUUGUUGGUGCUGCCUUUCAAGUUGCGAAGGGAAUGGAGUUUUUAGCUUCGCGUAAGUUAAUUCAUCGUGAUCUCGCCGCUCGAAAUAUCCUUGUUGCCCACGAAUAUGUUAUGAAAAUAUCAGAUUUUGGUCUUGCGAGAGAUAUUUACCAAAGUGAUGUAUAUGUGAAGACAUCAAGUGGAAUGUUGCCAGUGAAAUGGAUGGCUGUGGAGUCUCUGUUCGAUCGUGUUUAUACUCAUCAGAGUGAUGUUUGGUCGUUUGGUGUUUUACUGUGGGAAAUGAUGACACUUGGUGGUACGCCAUACCCGAAUCUGCCUGCUGAACAACUGCUGGAUUUCUUGAACGAAGGAAAGCGCAUGCCACAACCGAAUAAAUGUCCGCUGGAAGUUUAUACGAUAAUGAGAGACUGUUGGCAGGAACAGCCUGAGGAGAGACCCACGUUCUCAGUUCUUGUCGAACAUCUUGGUAGGAUUUUGGAGAGACACUUGGAAAAAGCAAAUCCUUACCUACUUGUUGAAGCUAGUCCAGAGGAAAUUGAAGCUGCAAAAGAAAAGGAUGAAUUACUAAAUAAACCAAAAUCAAACUAUUAUUUGCAACCAUUACUGAUGUCUCAAAAACUCCACAGCUAUGAUUCAAACGCACCUCUUCCUACACCUCCUACAAGCACGUACAGUGGAGCGAUUACAGCACCAUUGCCAGAAGUUGACACGAAACCAGCAUCAUCAAAAAUUAUUAAUAGAGCUGGUUCGUAUGAGCUGUUACGAGAUGACUCGACUUUGGAACAGAACGUACCUGAGAAACAGAAGGUACCUAUGGAAACUGAGAAUGGUGUUAAUUUAGAAAGUCUGGAUAGCAAAAACAAUAAAAAUGGUGUUCAUGAAGAGCCCAAGCAUGUUGAAUCUGUUGUAUAAGGUUGUAAUACCCUGUAAGGUAUAUAUUUAUAAGAGCGGGAAUAGAAUAUAUAUUUUGGCUUGCACAUGCAUGAACAUAGAUAUGUAGUUAGCAUAGAUUGUAGUUAUAUACGUAAUUCUCUUAUUUGUAUAAAUAAAAAAGACUCGUUUGUAGCUCUCUGAUGAAAGCUUUUUUGAAUAUAAUACUCCAGCAGCAUCGUUAUCUGCGCUUCAAUGACCGUUUUGAUGAAGUUGUCGUAUCGACUUCAUUCAAUACAGGUCAAUCUGGUUUGCUUCGUGACAUAAUAUUCAAAAAUGCUGAAAUUCCCUGCAUGAAAAACGAGAGCUGAUGGACUUAAUACUACUGCAUGUAUAUAUUCCUUAAUUUAUGAGGUAUAAUUAUUUCUGCAUGUUUAGUCUUGUUUACCUCGUGUGGCAGGUAACUUGUAUAUUUAGCUGAAGGUAGUCGUAACGAUUAUAGCCUAGCAAUUUUUAUGUAUUAGUUAACUAUAUUGUAUAAUAUUAUAUAAUGCAUGCAUGUGUAGACAUUUAUUUGAGUUGAUUUUGUAACUCAAAUAAAAUCGUUUUUAUAUAACA